CCAUAUCGCCAAUACCAUUUUACCGGUCUCGGAUAAACAGUAGUAACUACGGCACUCACUUCAUUGUUGGAUUUACGCCACAUUAUAGGAGAGAUUCCAACGACUAUAUUGGUGUCUCAAUUCUAGCUCUUAACGAAACAAAUGUAACGAUCUUUAGCAAUCAGGGCAGUCAACCAUGGAAAUAUACUUUUCACAUUAAUCAAGGAGGAAUUUUUGAAUAUAAACUACCGAUUACUCUGCAAAUGCACAAAUCCUCAUAUCUGCAGAAAGGUAUUGAGAUUUCCUCUUCCGCAGAUAUUUCAGUGCUGUGUUUGAACUAUGAUAGUUAUUAUACUAGCUACGCUGCAGACGGAAAUUUGGCAUUACCAACCAAAAUUCUGGGUUCCGUUUAUGUUGUGGCGUCAUAUCGACCAUAUAGCUCGAGCUAUAGGGCAAAUAUCGCUGUGAUAUCAGGACACGACAAUAACAAAAUUUUUGUUCUUUCCAACAAGAAUGCAAUUGUAUACUAUCGAGGACUCUGGUAUAAUGGCCAAGCGUCAAAACUUUGCAUCACUCAAGUCCUUGAAAAGCUUGAUGCGCUAUACCUCUCUGGGACAACUGACUUAUCUGGGACACUUGUUUAUUCAAGCAAACCAGUAACAGUAAUAUCUGGCGUGGAGAGCCCUCGUAUUGUUUCUUUUCGGGAUUUCCUUGAAACGAAUUUACUUCCUGUAUCAUUGUGGGGAUAUGAAUACCUUUUGACACCAGUGGGAACGAUGGAUAAAACACAGGGAAAUAUUUUCCGAAUCUUUGCGUAUGAGAACAAUACCAGUGUUGAAGGACCAUAUUGGACAAAGGUUUUGUCAUCACAGAUGUACACGGAAUUAUUAUUAGAAAAGAAUUUAGCGUCAUAUAUCAAGUGUAGCAAGCCAUGCCAGGUCGUGCAAUACAUCAGAGGAGAGGAAAUUAGUGGGAAAUAUGCGGAACCUUCAAUGAUGGUUCUACCAUCUGUAAGUCAGUUUCUUUCUUAUUAUCACGUGGCACUGCCAUUUGGCUCGGAGUAUCACGAUUCAAUAACAAUAGUUAUACAAAAUGAGGAUGUGGACGGCUUGUAUAUGGAUGGAGUAAAACUGAUUGGCUUACGAUGGGAAAGAAUCAGUGGAACAAAUUAUGUUUGGACUGUAGCAAGUUUAUUCGAUCCAAGUUCAGUUACAGUGUAUCAUGCUUCGUCUUCCGUGAAGUUUGGUCUUCUUGUGUUUGGGUGGAAUAAACUUGCCUCUUAUGCCUACGCUGGUGGUUUAGAUUUUGAUAACAGAACAAAUAUGAAAGCCGUAUCAUCUGUGCCAUCUUUCCAGUCCAGGAAAAACAGCAGUAACUACGGCACUCAUUUCAUUAUUGGAUUUACGCCGCAUUAUAAGACAGAUUCCAACGACUUCAUAGGUGUCUCAAUUCUGGCUGUUGACGAAACAAAUGUAACGAUCUUUAGCAAUCAGGGUAGUCAACCAUGGAAUUAUACUGUACAGAUUGAUGAAGGAGAAAUUUUUGAGUAUAAACUACCGAUUGCUUUGCAAUUGCGCAAAUCCUCAUCCCUUCAGAAAGGUAUUGAGAUAUCAUCUUCCGGAUAUAUUUCAGUGCUGUGUUUGAACAACGAUCGUUAUUAUGACAACUACGCUGCGGACGGAAAUUUGGCAUUACCAACAAACACUCUGGGUGUAGUUUAUGUUGUGGCGUCAUAUCGACCAUAUAGUUCGGACUAUAGGGCAAAUAUCGCUGUAAUAUCAGCGCAUGACAAUAAUAGAAUUUUUGUUCUUCCCAACAAGAAUGCAGUUGUAUACUAUCGAGGACUCUGGUAUAAUGGCCGAACAUCAAAACCUUACUUCACUCAAGUCCUUGAAAAGCUUGACGCGCUAUACCUCUCUGGAACAACUGACUUAUCUGGAACACUCGUUAUUUCAAGCAAACCAGUAACGGUAAUAUCUGGCGUGGAGCGUCCUGGUAUUGCUGCAUGGCGGGAUUUCUUUGAAACGAAUUUACUACCCGUAUCAUUGUGGGGAUAUGAAUACAUUUUGACACCAGUGGGAACAAUGGAUAAAACACAGGGAAAUAUUUUCCGAAUCUUUGCGUAUGAGAACAAUACCAGUGUUCAAGGACCAUAUUGGACAAAGGUUUUGUCAUCACAGAUGUACACGGAAUUAUUAUUAGAAAAGAAUUUAGCGUCGUAUAUCAAGUGUAGCAAGCCAUGUCAGGUCGUGCAAUACAUCAGAGGAGAGGAAAUUGGUGGGAAAAAUGCCGAACCUUCAAUGAUGGUUCUACCAUCUGUUGGUCAGUUUCUUUCCUAUUAUCAUGUUGCACUGCCUUUUGGCUCAGCAUAUCACGAUUCAAUAACAAUAAUUAUACAAAAUGAAGAUGUCGACGGUUUGUAUAUGAAUGGAGUAAAACUUAAUGGCUUAAGAUGGGAAAGAAUCAAUGGUACAAAAUAUGUUUGGACUGUAAUAAGUUUAUCAGAUCCAAGUACGGUUACAGUGUAUCAUGCUUCGUCUUCUGUGAAGUUUGGUCUUCUUGUAUUUGGGUGGGAUAACUAUGCCUCUUACGCGUACGCUGGUGGUUUGGAUUUAGCUAACAGAUCUAAUAAUGUGAUUGCUUUAUCACCAGUGCCAUCUUACCAGUCAAGGAUAAAGGGUGUUCUAAAUAAUUAUGGAAAGCACUUCAUUAUCGGAUUUACAGCACAAUAUGUAUCACAUGAUCAAAGGACCGGUUUCAUUGGUUUGACAAUAUUCGCACCGUACGGAGCAAACAUGACAAUAUUAAGCAAACAUCCAAGUGCAUCAUUGAACUUUACAACCAAUAUCAAAUUAGGACAAACAUUCGAAUACAAAUUACCGAUAGCUCUGCGAAUGAACGGGACUGGAAAACAAAUGAAGGGUAUUGAAAUUGUGUCAACGAGGAACAUUUCGGUUUCAUGUGUUAAUCACGAGAGGCGUACUGCAGACGCGUAUCUCGCUCUACCAGUAAGCGCAUUGGGUUUAUCUUAUGUGGUUGCAACGUACUCGCGUGGGAACAUAGGCAUAAUAUCCGCCUUUGAUGAUAACGAAAUCACACUUUUACUCGUAAAAGACCGUGUUUUAAGUUACAAUGGUUUUUCGUACGAUGAAAGUUUAUCGCUUAUAUACGCAAAAGUCGUUUUAAAGAAGCUCGAGGCUCUGCAUAUUUAUAGUGAGGCCGAUUUGUCUGGAUCUAUUAUUAUCUCUAGUAAACCUGUGUCUGUCAUUUCGGGCUCCAACAUCGCAAAACCAUCUGGUUCUCAAGGGGGAUCUGAUAUACUGGAAUCAUUCUUGUUGCCCACUCAUUUCUGGGGAAAACGGUACAUCCUGAGCACUUUUGGAACGAUUGAAAAGAAAAAGGGAGAUAUUUUCCGCAUUUUUGCUCACGAAAAAAAUACUGUUGUGCAAAGUGCUUACUGGACGAAGGUUUUGUCGCCUGGGACAUACACGGAAUUGGAUCUAGAAGCAAACCCCGCGUCGUUUGUCAACUGCGAUAAACCAUGCCAGGUUGUUCAAUACAUCAGAGGCGAGUUGAUUCACGGGGAAGAAGCUGAUCCUUCAAUGAUAGUUCUGCCAUCAGUAAGCCAGUUCCAGUCCUACUACCGUGUUGUGUUUCCUUUUGGUUCUGAAUAUCACGAUUCAGUUUCCAUAGUAAUAGAAAAUGAAUACAGAAAAGAAUUGUACGUUGACGGUAUGAAAAUUAACAGCGAUGGUUGGAAGGAAAUCAAUGGAACAAAAUAUGUUUGGAAAGUAUUGAAUUUUGCUGACUAUGAAAGUGUCACAAUAUACCAUUCUUCUUCUGCAGUAAAGUUUGGCCUGCUUGCAUUUGGUUGGGAUAAUCGUGUUUCCUAUGCUUACCCUGCUGGAGUGGUUCUCUCAAAUAUUUUAAACGAUAAGACUCCAUUUUUAUCACCAGUGCCAACGUACAUGUCGCGGUUCAUAGGUGAUCAAAACAGCUAUGGAAAGCAUUUCAUCAUUGGAUUUACAUCACAAUAUCAGAGGCACCAAACCGACUAUAUAGGAGUAUCCAUCCUUGCUCUUGGCGCAGCAGAUGUGACGAUCUUUAGCAACCAGACUGGCCAGCCUUGGAAUUACACCGUACACAUUAAUGAAGGAGGGAUUUUUGACUAUAAACUUCCGAUUAGUCUGCAAAUUCACAAUUCAACACUCGUUCAGAAAGGUAUUGAGAUUUCAUCUUCGGAAGAUAUUUCAGUGUUGUGUGUAAACUUCGAUGGUUAUAGCAAAGCGGCGGAUGCAAACCUUGCGUUAGCAACCAACACUCUUGGUUUAGUUUAUGUUGUGGCGUCCUAUCGACCAUAUAGCUCGAACUAUAGGGCAAAUAUCGCUGUAAUAUCAGCACACGACAACAACACGAUAAAUAUUCUUCUGAACAAAAAUGUAGCUGUAUAUUAUCGCGGCAAGUGGUAUGUGGCGCGAAUAUCACAAAUAUACAUAACCGAAGUUCUGGAAAAGCUUGAAGCGCUCUACCUCUCUAGUAAAUCAGAUUUAUCUGGAACACUCGUUAUUGCAAGCAAACCAGUGUCUGUGAUAUCUGGCGUAGAGCGUCUUGGUAUUCUAGGAUGGUACGAUUUCGUUGAAACGACCAUGCUGCCAUUAUAUUUGUGGGAUAUAGAUACAUACUGA